UGACGUUUUUUAAGUUGCCGCGCGUUGGGAUCAGGAGGAGCUUCCUGCGUCUUCCUCAUCCUCGCCAUCGUUUUCAUCAUCGUCCUUCGCCUCCUCGUCGAAUCCCGUCCACGAAACCGAACUGCAAUCCGGCCGCGCAACGGUCCGCCUCGAACCGGAAGGUCGAAGCUUCCUCACCCGGAUCUUCAGUUUCCGUCCUUGAAAAAUCCAGCCCGAGCGCUCUCCAGCAUGGCGACACCGGAUGUCCUGCAAAGCCCAGAUGAGCUCCUCCUGCGAUCUCCCCUCGGCGACCGUCGUGCAGGCGAGAAUGCCAAGUCUCGGGGGCUGUCGAUCGAGAAGAAGAUUGAGUUUCUGGAGAGUCUGACUGGAGGGGUAAGCAACCGGAGGUCUCGAAGAUGGUUAAAUGACCGUUUGUUAAUGGAGCUUGUUCCUCGUUUAAAUGCCGAAGAAAUCAGAGGGCUCUUUGCUCCUCCUCCUUGGGGUGAUGAUGUCCCACCAUCCGCCUUUUGCAUGACAAAUUCUCGAGAAUGGGACAAAAUUAGGAACAUAGACAUGGACAAAGAGGCCAAUAUGAUUGACAAUAUUAAAGCAUCAUCCAGAAGGCGGAGAGCUCAUAUGGACUCUGAUAAGAUGGCCUUCUUGAGUGCAUGGCGCAGAGUUGAUUGUCGGACUAGGGAGGCUCUUCGCCGUAGCUUUCUUUUUGAGCUCAUUGAAGGCUAUGAGGCUUGUGUACGGGCCUUCAUCCUGGAGAAGGGAGCUGAAGAUGUUCUCGAGCUCCAGGUUCAAGAUCCUUUCCACAGGCUUCUGCUGCAUGGUGUUUGUGAGUUCUACAACUUGGCUUCGGUCACGGUUACCCAAUCAAAGGAUGCAGGGUCCUCGAAGGUCACAAGGAUAACUAGGAAGAAAACGGGGUCGACCGAGCUCCCUAGCAUCACCCUGUCCCAUUUCUUGAGAAUGUCCAAGGAAGGGAUUUGGUAAACAUUACGCGGGAGCUUCCCGUGCUUGUGAAAUGUAAAAUGAAAACCGCGUAAUACUGUACUUCCAUUGAAACUGUUAGGUGCUUAGCAGGGAAAAGAAAUCUGCCUAGGUAGGACUCUAAUCUCCUGCAAGGGAUGUCAGUUAUUUUUCAACCUACAUCUCUCAUGGAGAUUGUGAGUUCUUAGGGUUUUAGCAUGUACUGUACGUACGGACCUCUAUUUAUUUGUUGUUCUCCGUUUGGUACAUAAAUAAAGGAGAAUAUGUUUCCUA